AUGUCCACUUUGGCCACUGACCGGUUUGGUGCCAUGGAGCUACUGACCCCGCGCCACGACGAGCCGCUACUGAUGCCCGGCUCGGCCACAUUGGAAACCAUGACGGCGCCUUGUGUCGUGUCUGUGCGUGUAGUGGCCGCCAUGGAGCUACGACCCAUGUACAAGAACAUCAUUAGCAAUGCCAUGGUAGACGUCUCACUCGUACCCAAUGACGGAUCAAGUCAAUACCAGUGCACGAACCUCAAGAUACCGCCGGGUAUGCAGGCCUCUCGAGACAACAUGAAUAACCUGUCGUCUUUACCUGAAGGAGGCUCGUGUCAUGGACAGACCACGAAGUUAUUCAAGUCUAAAGUGGUCAAGAGUUCACUUAAUCCGAUCUGGAAUUUUGAUGUGGAUUUUGGAGAAGUGGACACGAAUAGCGUCAUGGGCGUCUUGUUUACUGUUCGACACGUCGAGAAGUUUGGUCUGUUCAAGAGAGAUAUCGGACAGCUGAUGUUGUCAUUAAGAGACAUUAUGGACCUCAAAUUGCAACCGCCUCAUGAACAGACGUUUCCCUUACAGCCAACGGAAAAGACGACACGGCGAGAGGCUUUGGAAGCUCCGAGCAAUCGAAAACAUGGGAAGCUCAUAGUUCGCUUCAAUGGCUACGGCGUGCCGUCAAGGUACACCGCCAUGACUAACGGCCGUGUGUCCAAUAUGGCGGACACGCUCGUGACCCAUGAAGACGAGUUCGGAUGCGAUUCCAAGUUUUUUGUCGUGCACGACAUCCGCGCAGAAGUGCGUACACUGCAGAGUUUCCAUCAAACAAAGCCCAAGCCAGGCGAGAUGUGGUUUGCUGUGAACGCGGACUGGGUCCGCGCUUGGCUGCUCUUUGUAUCAAAGUACAAAGGUAAAGAGGUUUACAACCCUGGCAAAGUAGACAACAUGCCGCUGAUCUCAGACGAUCUGUCAAAUGGCACGUUCCAGAUUAAGACGAGUUUGGUCAUUAAGAAAGACUUCCGGAUGAUCAACAAACAGAGCUGGGACUACUACCAGAAUAUUUACGAUGGGGGGCCGGCGAUCGAAGUGCAGAUUCCCACAGACUGCGCCAAGCCGGAGCAGUGGCUAGAAAAUCUCCGGCUGGAUGAUGCUGCCCGUGUCAGUUCCAAUUACGUCGAUUUGCACUGA